AUGUUUGACACGUAUACAGGCAGUGCGCGAUCCUCCGUAGACGAAUCUCGAGGCGAUGAAGUCACAAAGGAGGAUGAGACGGUCGUUGAUGCAGAGCAAGGCAGCAUGCUCUCGCACAUCAUAUCACAGCUGCGCCCAGGAGCCGACCUGAGCCGCGUCACGCUGCCUACCUUUAUCCUCGAGCCACGAUCAAUGCUGGAGCGCAUCACCAACUUCAUGGCCCACCCCGAGACACUUCUGCCUCUGACCAAGAUCGACGACCCUGUCCAGCGCUUUGUCGCAGUGACCAAGUUCUACCUCAGUGGAUGGCACAUUAAACCCCCAGGCGUCAAGAAGCCACUCAACCCGAUCUUGGGUGAGAUCUUCACUGGCUACUGGGACUACCCAGAUGGCACCCAGGGCUACUACAUCUCCGAGCAGACGUCGCACCACCCGCCAAAAUCGAGCUACUUCUUCAUGGCUCCCGAGCACCACAUCCGGAUCGACGGCACACUGAAGCCGAGGAGCAAAUUCCUUGGCAACUCUGCUGCGAGUAUGAUGGAGGGCAUUGCUGUCCUGAGGUUCUUGAACACUGGCGAGCGAUUCUUCGUCACACAGCCAAACAUUUACGUGCGCGGAAUAUUGUUCGGCACUAUGAAGUACGAGCUCGGUGACCACGCCUACGUCCGAUGCCCCGAGACCGGUAUGGUGGCAGACAUCGAGUUCAAGACCAAGGGCUACUUUAGCGGUGGCUACAACGCUAUCGGCGGAUUCAUCAAGGACAAGAAUGGCAAGGCUCUGUUCGAACUGUCAGGCUCGUGGAAUGAGGAUAUGUACCUCAAGGACUUGACGACUGGUAAGAAAGAGCUCUUCUUUGAUGCAUCAAAGACGCGGCACACUCCACCGAAGGCACGACCACUAGACGAGCAGGACGAGCGAGAGUCGCAGAGGCUUUGGCACGAUGUCACAGAAGCCGUCAAGCGCAGAGAUCAAGAGACAGCGACCACAGCGAAGGCUAGGAUCGAGGACAGGCAAAGAGAGGAGACAGCGGCGAGAAACAACGAUAACAUCGAUUGGCACCCCCAGCUGUUCCGAGCUAUCAAGGGCGGACCCGGUGGUCCUGAAGAAGGCGAGGAAGACCUCGACUGGAUCAUCAAUGCCAGAGUUGACGGACAAACCCCGGAGGAACAAGUGAAGCAGAUCCUUCAAAUUCACGCCAUACUGCCAGGCCAGAAGCCGGACAAGCAGUUCAGCAUUCCUCACCGAAACAACAGCAUUCAACAGACCCCAUCCCAGCAGCAGCCUGCAGAUCAACAACAACCCGCACAAUCAGCAAACGGUGCGUCACUAGAACAUCCAGAGCAGCAAAGAAUACUUGCGCAGGAGGGAGCCCAACAGCAGCCUCCGGUUCAACUACACAAGCAGCAGCAUGCUAAGCAGGAACCACAGGUGCAGCAGGUUCAGCAGCAGCUCGCUAGCGUAGAGCUCAAUCAAUCAACACUACAGGCCAAGCCAAACAACGGUUACGAGCCGAUCAGUUUCAGUCCUUAUCAGCCCGACUCAACGUAUCCCCCGCCACCUGCGCAGAACCAGCCUGAGCAAAGUCAAACGACCGAGACCAACCCACCAAGCAAACUCUUGCACUCGAACCCAGCUCCCGAGCCAACACGAGACGACAAGCUGCGACGGAAAGAUAGCGAGACGCAGGAGGAGGAUGAGUUCCACGAUGCGCAUUCGUAG